GGGGUGACAGCUCUCUCGUCGCAAUGGUCCAUGUGUAAAGUUUGCCCAUCGAGAAUAAUCAGAGAAAAGUGUUAUCCCCGGCUAAUGAUUCUUCACUGUUUUCCACCCAAAAAUUCGAAUCAGCCGCCCGUUUUCGUGAGAGAGCGGGGAUUCGAUGCAUAUUUCCCGGAACACCCCCAGACUUUUCGGGUAAAAUUGGUGUUAAUAUGCACCCAUACUCGUUCUACGAUUCAAAGAGCAAGGAGCGAGUGAGCAAAGUGAAAGUAAAGCGCUGUCAGCUGUCGCUGUCUGCGAGCCGUGUCGCGCGCUAAAGUGUUGACGAGUGCCGCGUUCCUGUGUUUGGCUUUAUUCUUGCUCGAUAAGCCUUUUGCGUGCUGAUAUUGUGGUCGUCGGACUGCGUCGGCCCGUCCCCGCGAGGCGGAUGUCGGACUGGCCUGUAGGGGCGGCUGCCCCCCCCCCCCUCUCCCCCUGAAGGUUUCAAUCCGGGCCCCUACCGGCCCUUUUAGACAAUUCGCCCCUGAAUAUAGGCAACAACCCCACCGGACCACUGGCCCCCAAAUUGGGUGAGUAUGUUUUUGAAACGGGAAAGUUCGAAAUAAGUGGCCUUGUAGGACAAGUUCACGAUGGACAAGUUCAACACCCCGUUUCCGUCUUGUGCACUCUGCACAAAAGUGAAAUUUCCGAAACGUGGCUAUUUAGUGUCAAUGCUUUUGAAAAAACGCACACCGGAAAUGCAACCAAUCUGCGCAAUAUACGCCAAAUAAGGUUAAAACUAUCUAUGAGCUUACCCCUAAAAGACUAAAUCUGCAAAUGAUACGAGCUGAGCUGACACGUCGAGUCACUGCUUUCUUACCCGGGUUGGCACAGCCUGCCCGCGAGGAUGCAACCCGAGACCCCGGCGGUGCGGGAGCGGCCAGCGGCCAGGCCGCAGCGAUACCAGGACCAGCAGGACAAGGGGCAGUCGGAAUCCAGGGGACGCGGCGGGAGGUCGAGUCGAGUGGGUGACUAGCAAGUCAACGUAGUGCUCACUCACUGGGCACGAACCACGACGCACCACCGUCACAAGGAAGUGCUCAAGAUGAUUUCGCUCUCGAUGGCCACGUCCGCGGUGCUCCUACUGCUGGCGCCGGUGCAGCCCGCGCUCGCGGAGUGCCCGUCGUGCCCACCCGCACCCGCCUCGGCCGAGGUGUGCGGGUCGAACCUCCAGACGUACGAAAGCUCGUGCCACCUGGGCUGCGCCCACCAGCCCGGUCUGUCCGAGCUUUAUCCGGGGCCGUGCUCCCCCGCGGAGGCGGCCGCGAGGAUGAUGAGGACGGUCGACGACGACGCCACCCUCCCGGACCUCCCCCCGCCGCCGGCGUCCAACCGCAACACCCGCCGCCGGCGCUCGUACCUCUCUUUCGAGGAGGGCUUUAUGAAGUUCAAGAAAUGCUUCGAGGGUCUCGAGUGCACAACACCAACCUGCGGGUGUGCCGACGGCGACUGGAUUUGCCGAGAAAAAUGCGAAUGGAACUGCCACUGCUUGUGCGACGGCUACCGCGUCGACCGCCGGAUGAACCGGGCCGGCCAAGUGAAGUCGUGUCUGGAGGAGCAAUGCCCCGGCGUUCAGAGCGAAAUGGAGUCCUGCCGAAGGAACUGCACCACAGUCGGCUGUGACGCCAAAUGCGUCUUCACCAUGUUGCAGUGCGGAUGCAAAUGCAACCAGCUGGGGGUUCGUACCGACUCCCCCUCCAGGGUCGAGUUGGUAGCGGCUGGUUCACCCUCACAGGGUGGAGUUUCUGGGUCGAGGUCGUCCUUCAAUACGCUCUACCGGUGGCUUCACCCGCACACUCCAGCAACUGUGGCUUCAGCCUCACCUGUUCCAGUGCCUGCAACCUCACCACCGGCUCCAGUACCUAAGGCCUCAUCUUCUCCAGCACCUGUGGCUAGCGCAGCGGUUUUCAACUUCAACCUCAUCUGGCUCUGUUGCCACACAUUUCUUCAAUGUUAUUGGCGCUUCUAAUGUUCAUUUCAUAAUUAUCAAUAUAAGGAAGUGCGACUCGUCCUUGAGAGUGCCGAACACAGACAAACACAGAUGGUUGCGCGGUUUUUCUUUUUGUAUUGCUGACCCGCGCCCCGUUCUGAGCUAUUGAAUUUUAAGUUUAGUUGAGUUAGUGUUUCGUGCUGAGUUCGGUAUUUUGUGAAACGUAAGCAGUGUAAGUUAAUGUUGGUGCAAGGUUUUGUGUGAUUUACAGGAUGCACCACAUACCCCUACCCCGGAUGAUUUCGUAGAUAACUGUACCGUAUGCAGCUGCCGGCGGGCUUUCCGACCGUCUCUCACCAAGAAGCCUUACGACCCAUACAGUAUAGCGACGAAACCUUCCGAGGUAUGUGGGCCACCCUCUAGUUUUAUGUUGCAAACUUUUAAUUAUUUAAUUUCCAGUGUAACAUUUUUAUUAAAAUCAUCGAUGCACUCUACUGGGAGCCUUUUCCUUUGACGGUACUCGAUACGGUCGGCGCCCACCAAUUUAGUCAUGGAAAGCAUAAAAUCAGCCCCCCAACUACUUUCAGGCCAAAGUCGAGCACAGUUUAAUCAGCUCAGCUCGUAUUCAUUUGUUCUUCAGUACCCCGCAAAAACUGGCUACAUACAUGCUACAAAACUCUGCCUGCG